AUGCGGAUCUUACUUGCGUUGGGAUUAUUAGUUCUCGUUCUGCAAAAUAUUGCAGGAUUAAAUGAACAUAAAGUGGAGAAAGUGUUCCAGUGGAAUAAGGUGGAAUUUGAAUUCUUGCCAAAAUCAGAGUAUACGUUCCUCGGACCCUACAAGUAUUACGUCCCGGAAAACAACGCCAUCGGAGGUUUUGGAUAUCAUCCGGCCAGUAAAUUGGUGAUUGUGGUGUUCCCGAGAAUUAAGCCAGGACUUCCAGUGACUUUGGGUGCAUUCUGUGCUCGUGAUUAUCUCUAUGGCCAAGGCCCAAGAAUUUGGGGCUUCCCCAACUAUCUGGUAAACGAGUUGCAAGCCAUUGAUUUCUUGAGAGGCACGGAAGAAGACAGAGGUCGAAGAACGUGGAACAGACCGGCUGAUCCAGUCAAAGCCCUUACUUACUACAGCAACAGUUAUUUCGGAAGAACUCCAGACAAUGACCGCCCAUUCCCCGUCAAAGUGGGGCCACUCUACAAUCUCGACAGAAUUAUUUCAGUGUUCCAGGUCACGGUUGAUGAGAAAUGCAAUCGAGUGUUCUUCGUGGACAAUGGACAGGUGCAGUACAGCCAAAAUUCCACGUAUUACAUUCAAAAGCCGGCUCUGCUCGUCUUGGAACUGCCCACAUAUGGAUGUGAGAGCAGGAACUUCCCAAUCAUUCGACGAGUUGAGCUUCCUGACAAGGUCACGGAGAAGGGCUCAUAUGGAUUUGCUCAUAUCACUCUCGAUUAUCAGUCAGAGUCUUCAUGUGAUGAUCUUUUCGUCUACUUCACCAACACUUUCUUCAAUUACAUAACCGUUUAUGAUUAUAAGAAUAACGAUUUCUGGACUCUUGAGCAUCAAACGUUCCAGCCUGUUGUUUCAGAAUCUUUCUUCACGUACGACAAGAGUUUCGAGUAUCAAUUGAGUGCAGGAGUGUUUUCCAUUAGUUUGGGAUAUCCAGAUGUUAACGGCGACAAAACAGCCUUCUACACUCCCAUUGCAGGAACUGCCCAAUACGCAGUGUCAACGAAGGUUCUCAAGAACAAGAACAACUCUUUUAUUAGUCAGAGUCUUAACGAUUUCAGAAUUAUGGGAUAUCGCAGCUGCAAUCAUCAGAGUUUCAAGACGGUCAUUGACUACAAUUACGGAGUGAUGUUCUAUUCUGAGGUGCAAUCGAACCAGUUGCGAUGCUGGAACAUCAAGAAGCCACUCAAUCCAGACUAUAUUGGCGUUGUUUACGAAUCAGAAGAAUUUUCAGCCGGUUUCCAAAUGUUCAUCGACUCCCAGGGAUACCUUUGGUUCCAAUCUACCAGUGUCCCUGUUACUUUUGCAACAGAUUCGCCGCUAGAUUUCAACAAAAUCAACCAGAGAAUCUUCCGCAUCAGAGUGUCCGACGCCAUUCAAGGAACCGUCUGCGCAAAUUGA